AUGGGUGGUCAAUUUUUGACUCAGCGACCGGAAAAUUCGGAGUUCUGGUUGGACCCGUUAGCAAAACGGGUCCGGGUUGACCCGAAACCACCGAAAUCAACCGAUACUGAUCUGAAAAAUCCAGCGCCGUCGCCGGCCCUCCAGCCCUAUCGGAAUCUCUGCGGCGCUCCCGUCUCGGCCAAGCGCGAUGCCGUCUCGGCGGCGCUGCUCGGCAGGCGCCGGCCUCCCGUCCGCCGAUCCGCCCUCGGCGUGGUCCCUAUGGUCAUCGCUUCUACCUUCCCCCGUGCGGAAUCCCGCGGCCUUUGGUUCCGCCUUACACCGUCUGUACAGUGCGCUCCGUUCUCUCCCCGCGGGUCGGGUCGGGUCCAACCCGGCCCCGUGCGCUGGUCGGUGUCCGGAUUGACAUGUCUGACCCUGUUUGCCCAGGCGUCUGGUUCGGGUUGGCCGCAUUUCGCUCCGGGUCCCCUCACGAUUUUUUUCUCAUUUCUUUUUCUUGCCUGGCUGCGUCCCGCAUCCUGCCUUCCCCCCGUCCCCUCAACCUUCCAUCCCCUUCUGGCCCCUGUGUCCGGGCUCCCCUCCUCUGCUGCCUCACGCGCUCCCUCUGGCUCCCUCUCACCUCCCCCUCCACCACCCCCCCCCAGCCUCCCCGUUCCCUCGCCUCAAUACCCCCUUCCACCUCCUUCCCUUUCUUUUCUGCUCCCUCUACUCCCUGCAUGCCUGCCUUCACGCCUCCCCGCCUCUCCCCUGCUCUCGCCCCUCUGUUUCCCAGAACUCCCCUCUUGCGUUCCGCUCCCACCCCUUUCCACCACUCGUCCCUUUUAUUUUUUCCUUCCCACUCGUACCCUACCUCUCGGCCAUACCUCCCAACCCUUAUCCACCCCUCUCCGUGUGUUCCCCGUCUCCCCUUGCGUCUUCUUUGCUUUUCCUAGACUCCUACCCCCUUGGUCUUCUUUGCUUUGCUUCCUUCCUUCUCCGUCCUCCUUCUCCCGCUCCUCUGUUCCUUCCCUAGCCCCCUCUCUGCUCUGGCCCGCUGGAUGGCAGCGCCGCUCUCCCGGACCCUCCCUACCCCAAAAAAACACCCCCAUCUCCCUCUACUUUCUUCUCUCCUUUCUCUGGGUUCUCAUUCAUCUAAUGCCACACUCCUCCCCUCCCUCUCCUUUUGCCUCUUGCCUCUCACUUCUCCCCUCCUCUCCGCCUCCUCGCCGCUCUUCCCCCCUCUCCCUCAUUCCCCCCCGCUACCACUCCCAACCCCCAUCCCCGUCCUCCCCCGUCCGCCCCCCUCCCUAACCCCUCCCCUCCCCUUCCCCCCCUCCCCACCCGGCCCCUGUCCCCCCUCCCUCCUGUCGUCCCUCGUGCCCCAAGUUCCCUCCGCCCCCUGGCCUCCACUUCUCCCUCCCUCGCCCUACGAUUUACGGCGCGAUCCAGUCCCCGCUCGCUUACUUCGCCCAAUGGGUCCCUCUCCCCCUCCCGCUCCCUGUGCGCUCUUCCGGUGCUCUCUCGCCCUUCCGCGGUUGUGCCUCCUCUUCGGCCGGGGGCGGCCGGCCCGCCCGCACACGGCGGUCUCCGUCUCAGGCCGCCCCGGCCACUAUUGGGCUGCCCCCGCUGGUACCGCGCUCGCCGCCCGCAUCUGCGUUCGUCCGAGCGUUGAUCGUUGUCGUUGCCCACUCGCGUGCCGGCGGCGGGGCCGGCCCCGGCGUCGGCCCGCCGCGCACGGGGUGCCGCCCUCCCGCGCGGGCGCCUAGCCGAGCGUGGAUCUCAAUUGGCUGGCCCCGUGGCGCUGCCGCGGUGGCACCCACCACGCCGUCGGGGUGGGCCUGCCGCCCCCCGGAGUUGCGCUGUCCGCGCCGCUCUGACUGCCAGCGCGGGGCUUGGCCGUCGCGGUGGCCGGGAUUGCCCUCCGCCCUUCACGCCUGCUUUCUUCUCUGGUGGGGUGCGAGCCGCCGCCCUUCGCGGCGCUGGUUCUUUUUCGUUUGGUCCUAUGCGCGCGCCAGGGCGCGCUUUCCCCCUGGGUUGCGCGGCGGGCCGCGGCCCUGCUUCUUUUCUGCUUAUUCCCUCUCAAUCCGGCUCCCGCCUACUCGUUGGCUAUCUUAG